UUAUCAAUUAAUGUAUAUACCUUAAAAACGAAAGAAGAGUGAAAUCCAAGAAAGACAAGUUAGCUGGAAACCUCAGCAACACCAUAAAACAAAACAUUUGCCUUCUUGAUAUCUUGAAUCUGAUGUACCAGCCUUUCCGCCACUUAUCUUUGCCUCUCCGCAAAAUCUCCUCCCUUCAGAAUUGUCAAUCCGAAUGCACGAAGAUCGAGUGGAUCCCGAUAAGGUCCAUAACGAAUCCCGAUACCAUCAAUCCAACGAGAGUUAGCGAAUGGCUGUGGCAGCAGCAACACCCAUUCGACGGGUGUUGCAUCGGCAAAGGAGAGGCACGGGUGUGGUUGCAGAUGGAUCCGUCUCCGCUUACGGAUGAACACGUGCAUGAGGACUGGCUUCGGUGGUGUCGGCAGUCUCCUCCGGUGGCGGCGGCACGGUCGGCAUGGAAGGGGUGGAAUGAUAAAAGUGAGAGUGCAGUGGCAGGAGAGAGAAAAAAUAUCUUACGGUUAAUUAGAGUUAGCAUAGCCAUGAUCAGGAAUUGUUGAACCUGGAAACGAUGCUGUCAAUCCCACUGAAGAAGACUGAUCCGGUGGAGCUGUACCUGCCGUUACGUAGGUUGGUAGCCUCAAAAUACUCGGAGAACGAUGCACAAAAAGUUGAAAGCGUUCUCGAAACCCUAAACAAAUGCCGCAGGGACAUGGUGGAGCCUAGAGGGGACCUCUCCCUUCCCAUGCAACGUGACUGCCUCCUCCACUACUUCAAAUGCCUUUCCAUGGUUGAGACACUCAUCACCUCUAUCUCCUUCGACGCCGACCCCAUUAUCUUUGUCUGGUACGACGCCUUCAACCCUAACCAUCAGGAUGGGGUCUCCUCACAGCGCAGCGCCAUCCAAUUGGAGAAGGCUGCUGUUAUCUUCAACCUUGGAGCCAUCUGCAGCCAGAUUGCUGCCUCUUGCGACCGUACCACUGCCCUUGGCCGUCACCUUGCAAUGGAAGCCUUCAAAGUUGCCGCCAAUUUCUUCUUCAAACUCUGGAAGGAUUUUGCCAAGGACCUGGUCUCCGCCACCCUCGAUUUGACUUUCCUCUUCGUGGAGUUUCUGCACAACCUCUUCUCCGCUCAGGCUUCCGAGCUCAAAUUACGGGAACAACUCAACAACAAAGACGGCAGUUACCGUCUACGAGAACACCGAUGUGCCCUAGCGUUUAGAUCGGUUUAUGAGCUUUAUCGUAGAGCAUAUGAACUGAUACCUACUGAUUCGGCUGCACGGAACCAUGUCAACUCUUUUGACCAAACCUGGGUAACUCAUCUUUACCAGAAGGUGACAUUCUUUGAGGCGGAGGCUCGUCAGAGGCAUUCAUCCAUCCUACCCAAAUCCAAGCGACCUUUACCUCAAGAAUACUCCUCAAGGGUCAAAUCUUGUGCUCUUGAUCAUGAUGCAGAAAGUGUCACUGAGAUAUUAGUUAGAGGGAUUUGCUCGAGGAAAACCCAGCUAUACGUCAUACAAACCCAACUGUACGUUGAUCUCAUCCUCUCCGAGUACAAUCCUUUUAAGAUUAUGAAGGAUGGAAAGCUGGUGGCUUACCCUUGGGAUAUGCCUCCUCCUUAUCCAACAGAUUCGGCAAUCCUCUCAUCUUCGUUGUCUUCUUCAUCUUUGUCGGAUAUUCUUGGACUCAUUCCUUUGAAGAAGACUGAGCCCUUGAAUCUCUACGAGUCCCUGCGCAGUUACUUUGUCCUCAAAUGCUCUGAGAGCGUGGCAAACAGAGUAGAAGGCCUUCUCCAAAUGCUACACAAAUUGCGCAAUGAGAUGCAGCGUGAUGACCUUUCGCUACCCCUUCGCCGUGAAUGCCUCAUCCUUUAUUUCAAAUACCUUUGCAUGAUUGAGCCUGUCUUCCCUAUGAAUGCCUCACCCAACCCACCUAUCUUUGUUUGGUACAAUGCCAUCAACCCUCAACAGCACUCUUCUCAGCAUAACAUCCAUUUGGAGAAGGCCUCUGUUCUCUUCAACCUGGGAUCCCUCUGCACCCACAUUGCUCUCUCCUGCGAUUUCACCACCAUCCAUGGCUUUCGCCUUGCCACGGACGCCUUAAAUGAAGCUUCACGUUGGUUCUCUCGACUGACCGCGUCUGAUUCUCGCAUGGCAUCUGGCACGAUUGACUUGUCAGAACACUACAUCAGGAUGAUAGACUUUCAGCUUCCCGACUUGAAAUCAAAGUUUCCUCGUCCCCAAUCUGAUGAAUCAUCAUCACGUAGAUAUGCUGCCUACUCAGCUUAUAAUCCGAUGACAUAUGAGCUUUUAGCUUAUGAUCCAAGUGAUGUCACUGAACAAUUCAUUUUAGGAUAUUGUAAGGCUUACUCCAUGCUUCAAGAGUUAUGUGAAGGACCAUUGGUAUGGGAAGUACCACCAUGCUUGGACCUUCUCUCUGAGGUUAGCCCUAUCAAGAUUAAGGAUGGAAAUCUUGUGGCUAAUGCAACCUUAGAGGCACCAAAUUCGGCAUUGGAGAACAUGAGCUUGCAGGAGACGACACUACAGUAACAUUACCGUAGAGAGAAGCUUUAGGACUUAACUUUUUUACUUUGUUGGUUGAUGCUAGAACUUUGAUCUCCUAGUUAUUGCGGGUUAUUGUUGCAUAUCGGUAAACUGAACUUAUUCAGUGUUUCCAAUUUUCGUCAAUGCCUAAUAAUUUUAAACAAGCAAAUAAUAUUGUUUCAUUUAGAAUGAACUUCUGCUUUGGAAAGAUGUGAAUGAACUUGUUUCCUCUUCAGAAAAGGAUAUCAUCGACCAACUAUAUGUGAGCAUGUUAUGAUGCCAUUGCUUUGUUCUAAGUA